AUGUCUUCAUUAUUUGGUGGGGCGAUUGCCGGAGCUGUUGCGAAGACGGUCAUUGCCCCACUUGAUCGAACUAAGAUUUUCUUCCAAGUGUCAACUGUCCGUGGGUAUUCAUUCAAAUCUGCUCUGAAGUUUGUUGUACGAACAUACCGAGAGAAUGGAUUUUUUUCCCUUUACCGUGGAAACUCCGCCACAAUGAUCCGCGUUAUGCCCUAUGCUGCAAUUCAGUUUGCAUCAUUUGAACAGUAUAAAAUGUUGCUGAAAGUUGACGCAAAUGGGACUAGAACUCCUGGCCGACGAUGUGUUGUUGGCUCUAUGGCAGGUGCGACAGCAACUUUCCUAACAUAUCCGUUGGACACUGCGAAAGCUCUGUUAUCGGUAUCAACGAAAAAGGAGUAUGCAACGUUAUUAUCGAAAACCGGUUAUGAAAUUUUAAUAAGAGACCUAUUUUUGAGGUGUUUGAAUAGAGUCAUUCCAUAUGCCGGCGCUUCCUUUUUCACGUACGAAACUCUGAAGUUAAAGUAUAUGCGAACAGGACAUCAUACCACUUCACCUUGGCAGAUGUUAUUUGGUGCGUUUGCUGGUCUAAUCGGACAAUCUUCUUCAUACCCUUUAGAUAUUGUGAGGAGAAGAAUGCAAACAGGUCACAUUAAGCCUGGCACAGGACUGAUACGCUCUCUUGUCUCAAUACAUAAAACAGAAGGCCUCAAACGUGGACUGUAUAAAGGUCUGAGCAUGAAUUGGGUCAAAGGACCUAUUGCUGUUGGCUUAAAAUUAGGCUGUGUUGUCGAUAUGAGGGCUUUCAUGAACAAGGGGUAUGUGGUUCCUUUGUCUACCUCAAUAUUAGUAUUGAUGAUGUUUCUGGAUUAA